AUGGCAAUGACAAACAACAAAACAUUAUGUUUUACAUGCAAUAAAGAAAAAAUAACAUAUGCUUGUGAAGGAUGUUCAAAAAGAUUUUGUUUAAUACAUUUAACAGAACAUCAACAAAUAUUAAAUGAAGAAUUAAAUCAUAUCAUUAAUGAUUAUGAUGAAUUCAAACAAAGAAUAAAUGAACAAAAACAAAAUCCACAAAGUCAUUCAUUAAUAAAACAAAUUAAUCAAUGGGAAACAAAUUCAAUUGAAAUAAUUCAACAAAAAGCACAAGAAUGUAGAAAAAUUGUCAUUAAAUCUUCAAAAACAUUUAUUGAUGAUAUUGAAAUGAAAUUUAAUAAUUUAAGUGAACAAAUAAAACAAAUUCAUAAAGAAAAUGAAUUUAAUGAAAUUAAUUUAAACUAUUUAAGAAAUCAAUUGAUGAAAAUUACACAAGAAUUAAGUAAUCCAUCAAAUAUGUCUAUUCAACAAAAUUCACAAUCGUUUAUUAAUGAUAUUUCAGUUAUUUUAUUAAAAAGUUGCGGAACAACAAGAGGAAACGAUCCAGAUGAUAAUGACUCCAACAAGAAAUCAAUACAAAAAACUGGUCAGUCACAACUUCAACAACCGUCUAGCUAUGAUAGAAUAGAUAGUGAUGAAGAUUUUCACAAUCAAUGGUCAAAAAAAUCAAAAAAAUCAAACAUGAUAAGUGAUGAUGAUGAUGACGAUAAUAUUAAUCGAGAUGGAUCUGGCCGUCAUACACGUUCAUCUGCUACUUUAUCUAAACUUCGUAUUAAUUUUGACGAUUCCGAUGAUGAAAAUGAAGAUUCACGUCAUUAUUCCUAUUCUAAACGAGAUAUAGCUGAAUAUCGUAAUCAUUAUCCAAAUGCACGAUCAAAUCCAAAAAUACAUGAUAAUUAUGAUUUUUAUACAAAUCAAAUACGUUCUCAUCCAGAUGGUGAUCUCAUUGACAAUAUACAUAAGAACUGGUUGGGUGAUUAUAGAAAGUUAGAAUUUCAUCAUGGUUAUAUCCAAUGGUUGUUUCCAUUACAAGAAUGUGAUCUUAAUAUAUCUUCUGAACAAUUGCAAAAGCAUGAAAUCGAGUCAAUUAGCAAAAAUGAAAAGGCAUUGGAAAGACUUUUAACAUCUUAUAAGCUCAUGCUUGAUUUUUAUGGUUUUGAAUUAGUGGAUGAAAAUACAGGCGAAAUACGCCGUUUAUCUGAUGAUUCUUACAAAUCAUGUUUUCGUAAUCUCAACUCAGCAUCACAUAAUUAUUUACGUAUUACUCGUAUAUUAAAAUGUUUGGGUGAAUUUAAAUAUGAAUAUCUCAAAUUUCCUUUUCUGGCAGCAAUCUUACGAGAAAGUAUUACAGAAAAUACAUUAUCAAAUUGUCUUCGAUCAUGUAAAGAUUAUUGGAUUGAAACAUUACGUAGUCCUGAAGAACGACGUGCUAUUCGACAGUAUGCAAGAGAAUUAGUCGAAUAUCGAAAUAAAGGAAUGACACCACCUAAAUCACAUAAGGCUCAUCGUCCACGACCGACGUCAGCAGUAAGAAAGCAAAUUGAUGUGGAACAUUAA